GGGCGGGAUCGGAGAGUCACUGAAACUUCAGACACGCUGAGAGUUGAGCAUCACUCGAGGAAUAAAGGACUGAAUUAAAGACACCAUGAAACUGUGUUUCCUGAUUCUACUGUCAGUGCCAGGUUUAAUUCUGGCUCAGAACUAUGAUGAUGAUUACACCGAUCCCUUUGCCAGCAGCAACAAUUAUGACCUAUAUUACUAUCCACCGGUGUCUCAACAGGUACAAGCGCAGACUUCAGGACCAGAACAGAGCGUGGUGGAGUUUCAGACAGAGCCCACAGAACCGGGACCGCUGGACUGUCGUGAGGAGCAGUAUCCCUGCACGAGACUCUAUUCUGUCCAUCAGCCCUGUAAACAAUGUCUCAACAGCAUCUGCUUCUACAGUCUGCGUAGAGUUUAUGUGAUCAAUAAGGAGAUCUGUGUGAGGACCGUCUGCGCCCAUGAGGAGCUGCUGAGAGCGGAUCUGUGUCGUGAUCAGUUUUCCCGCUGUGGUGUAGCUGCACUCAGUGGCCAGUGUGGAGCGAUGAGCGGCGGCUGUGCCAAGAGCUGCGGAUCCUGUUAAACACACACACACACACACACACACACACACACUAGCCCUGGUACUGCCAAUCAGAUGCUGAUAAACACACUGCACUCAAACUCUUGAGCUUUAUUAGGCCAGAAACAUACUCCACGCAAAUUAACAUUUGUUCUUGUGUUGCUGUGGCGGCAAUAAACGUCUUACUCCAGGGGGCGACAGAGUUUCCUACUGUGAUAAAGUCAUCGGUUGAUCUGAAAGAGAAAACGGACUAUAGAAGACUUAGCAUUGCUAAGAAUACACCGUUUGCGUCGUGUUAUGAAUUCCACUCGGACACUUUUAUGAAACUGAGCUUGGUUAGCUGUACGUUUGCCUUCGUGUACUUGUGUAGAGUAUGUUUCAGGCCUAAAUCCAUCAAACUCUCAACUGUCACCCCUCCACGGAUUUACAAAACGUAGGAUGUCCGGGGAAGAGACAUUCAUAUAUACGAGUAAAGCACUACAUGAUUUGGUAGGGUUACACCCUGACUACACCAGAUGCGAGUGAUGCGACAAAAGCAGAUCGGCGCCAUUAUAAUUAACGAUGAUGUCUACACUGGACGCGUUGCGCCAUGUCAGCCAACGGUAAACAGAUGUCCCUUUCAAUUUAGUGCUGCUGUUACUCCUGCCAACAAGACAAAUGGACGAAGAGUUUUAGAAUGUUCGUUAACUUAAUUUCAACGCGACUAGUGUAGACAACCUCUAGCUGUUGUGAUGCGACAUCGCUCCCAUCUGCUGUAGACAGGGCAUUAGGUUUAGUGUUGGGUUUUAGUUUCUCUGACCAAUCAGACGGAACUGUCCAAUCAGGUAUGGCUUUCCUAAUGAAUAUAAAUGACUCGUCUCCUGCCAUGCUUCGUUUCGGAAACUCGCUGCUCCUACUCUUCUUAACUUUAUAUAUUUCUCCGGCAGCAUCUGAUGUUACUCUGUUUUUUGGGCUCAUAUAAACUGAUAUUUACUGUAGUAAUCUUUUUAUUUUGGCCUGUAUGUUGCCUCUGGUGCUAUUGUAUUUUUUACACUGGUGCAGGAGAAACAGAGAUGUCACUUUUGUAUUAUUACUGCUUCACUGUGUCAUUGUUCAGUGUUGUUAUUGUUGUUUAUUGUGCCAUGGGGUGUUACACUGAACCCAGACUCAAACCCUCAUAUCUGAUCUCACGUCAGAGUUAUAGACCUGUGAGCACUGAUCGGUGUUCAAUAUCUUCAGCUACUGACCGCAGACCUGCACAGAUGACUCAGUCUGGGUUCAGUUUUAAUAUACUCACCAUUUAUUACUGUAAUACUGGCUGUUACAAAAGCUUUCUAAAUAU